AUGGUCAAGAAGACGGGCCCCUCCAGAAAGGCUGCACCUUCAAAGCAGAGCAACAAGAAGUCGGCCGCCCCGGCGCAAAAUCAGGAAGCUUCUUCACCACCACCUCUGCAGAGCCAAGCCGAGCAGCAGCGUCUGCUCGACGUCUUUUCCAAUGCCUUCAAUUCGACCCUCACGUCAGAUGACUUUGCAGGUCUGCUGCAGGAGGUGAAGCAGGCUCUGUUCAAUCGCGACUUUGCUACUGCUUUUGGGAGGGAGGAUUAUCUCGAGGCGUAUGCGGCGAGAUGGAGUCCUACACGGACAUUAUGCUAUACCACUGUUUUCCUCGGCAUCAAGGAACAUCUGGAUGGGGUUCUAGCUUCUGAAGAGGGGAAUGCUCCCAAACCCGAAAGGUCUCAACCACGAAGCACUCUGCGAAUGCUCUCAAUUGGAGGAUGCGCAGCCGAGCACCUCGCUUUUGCAUCCUACCUCCAAUCCACCUCGAGCAAUGGUCAUCUGACGCUCCUUGACUCGGCUCCCUGGGCCAGCGUCAUCUCUUCUCUCGAGUCGAGCACAAACUCCCCGCCCCCCAUCUCAAAGUAUGCGUCGGCGGCCGCGCGCGCAGCGAACCGCGCGCUUCUUGAGCCGGGCCAGCUUUCUGUCGAGGUCGUACAGCAGGAUGUCUUGGCUCUUGAUGCCGAUGCAUUGACAGCUCAGUGCGCUGGUGGCAAGGUACCCAUCGUGGUGACGCUGUUGUUUACCCUCAACGAGCUGUAUACCAGCGGAGGCAUUGGGAAGACGACCAAGCUCCUCAAGAACCUCGGACAAGCCCUCGCGCCGGGGAGCUUGGUUCUCGUGGUGGACAGUCCUGGAAGCUACUCAGAAGCUGCCCUGGGCAAAGAGAAGAAGCGGUACCCUAUGCAAUGGCUGCUCGACCACACUCUCCUUGAGACCGAGACACCGGGUUACUCCUGGGAAAAGCUGCAGUCUGAUGAUUCCAUCUGGUUUCGACUCCCAGAAGGCUUGUCAUAUCCAAUUCCCCUCGAGAAUAUGCGGUACCAGAUACACCUGUACCGUCUGGAAAAGUCGUCUUGA